UAAGAUUGAAAUCUCUAAGGAGUGGUCGAUCGAAAACCAAAGAAUAGGACCUGCGUUUUUCAUCCGCCAUAAGCUGCCGCCUCUUCUCUCUGGAACAAGUUUUUUUUCGCACCUUCAAGUUGCGAUAAAAAAAAACUUAGUUCUGAAUCAAAUCUCAAACCUGAUACUAAGGGUAAGGCCGAGGCCUAGGAAGACGAUGAGAGAGUGGGACGCGUGCCAAGACGAGUUAACGGGAACGAUCUUGGCGGCUCCUAGCUAGUUUAUUUUAUUGAAGUGUUUCAGUUUUAUAAAAAGUGAUUGAUAUUAUUUGAUUAAGUUUGGAGUAUUUAUUUGGAUUGUUUGAAGUUUGAAUAAAUUCCUGGAUCCAGGUGGUUAUCACAUUUGCUGGUGAUAACUAGAAUUUUAUUGAGUUUUAUUUGGAGUUAAAUUUUAGUUAUAUUUGAGAAUUUAUCAGGGUUAUUUCUUAAACAAACGGCCAUUAUAUUGCAGUUUUUUUUUUAAAGUAGUAAGCUAGUGUAACGUUUCCUUUAACCCUGAGAGGGGCGUUACAAUUUGGUAUCAAAGCCCAGGUUGUCCCGUAACUUCAUCGGUCACCGUACACGUGCUCAUCAUCUUCCAAGUAAGUAUUUAAAAUUAGUUUUAAAUUUCUGUACAUGAGCAAGAGGAGUUUAUUAGAUAGAGAACAAAAGUGAGAAUGUCCUGCCUUUUAGUAAUCUGUAUGACACAUAAAUAAAAAGCUUAUAUUUAGGUGCCUUGAGAAAAUGAGGAGAACCUGUGGUAGCAAUGCACCAAGGAACAGUAAUGAGCAAGGAAACCAUCACGAGCAAGAUUUGGCCGGUAUUGUAGCUCAACUUCAGAGGCAGUUGCAAGCGCAACAAUAGACUAUUGACCGCUUGACCGCGAAUAAUCAAGCUAGGGGGAAUGGAGCACCGAGACAAGAACCUCUGAUGAUCACAUGGAGGAAGAUCAAGCCUGCGGAUUUUGAGGGGGGUCCCGACCCUCUAGCUGCUCAGGGAUGGCUGAAGACCAUUGAAGGCAUUGUCAAUGGUUUGGAAUUGGCAGAUAAUGACAAGGUUCGAUGCGCAUCUUAUAGCCUCACUAUGGAUGCUCGAAUAUGGUGGGAGACAGUCGAAGCAAGGUAUGAUAUUGCGCAGAUGACAUGGGAGCAGUUCAAAGAGGAGUUCACCAACCAAUAUUUCAAUGCUAGUGUCACACGUAAGUACCAUUAUGAGCUUCAGGAUCUACGGCAGGGAACCAUGGAUGUAGCAACCUUGGCGGCACAAUUUCAGAGACUACUACGUAUUUGCCCUACAGCUGCUCUGACAGAGAGAGAUACGGUGAAGUUGUUCCUGAAAGCCCUUAGGAAGGAUAUAGCAGUUCACUUGGAGGACGGUAACCAGACCCCAGCUACAUUAGUCGAUUGUGUCCUUAGAGCAAGUCAGAAGGAGUACUACCUUCCUACCGAUCCAGUGCCCGCUCAGCCGCAACAUGUGCCUGCACAGUCACAGAAUCAACCACAGGGAUACACGAAUAAUCCGAAGAAUAACAAGAAGAGAAACUUUAAGAGCAGUGAUGGCAAGGGAGCUGGACGUCAUCAGGGGCGACAAAGUAAACAGAUGAAGUUUCCGCAGUGUGCGAAUUGUGGCCGUAAUCAUCCAGGCCAAUGCAAAUUGGGUUCGAGAGCUUGCUUCACUUGUGGCCUUGAGGGCCAUAUGUCUAGAGACUGUCCAAGAAAGAAUCAGCAAGGCUACCAGAUCACUCAGAUGUCGAGAAAUCCAACACCUUCAGCGGUUGUCCAUAAUAUGCAGGCUUAUCUAGAAGGACCAUCCAUCCAGCAAGGACGUCUUGAAGCACCAGUGCACCACCAGAGGCCCCGGUUGCUAGAGUGUUCACCAUCUCAAAGGAAGAGGCAUCUAUAAAUCCCGGCGUUGUUACAGGUCAAAUACUUGUUCUAAACAGAUAUGCUAAUGUGUUAUUUGACACAGGAGCCACGCAUUCAUUUGUAUCUCUUGAGUUCGCUAGAUUCUUAGCAACACAUCAAGAUAAGUUAGAUUAUAAGUUCACCACAGCACUUCCGUCAGGAGAGAUUAUGUUGUCGACUCAUUGGUUACGAGCAGUGCCAAUGAGUAUUGCGGGGAGAGAGUUAUUUGUAGAUCUGAUCGUGCUCGACAUGAGGGAUUAUGAUGUGAUUCUCGGCAUGGAUUUUCUGCAGAAGUAUAGCGCUUCAAUUAUAUGUCGAAAAAGGAUGGUUAGUUUUGCGCCUGCAGGGUCGGAUCCUUUCUUAUUUCUUGGGGAACCAAAAAGAUCAGGGAAGGUGAUGAUUUCUGCAUUGCAAGCAAGGAGACUUAUUCGGGGUGGAUGUGAAGCUUUCUUAGCUCACAUAGUAGACAAAAACUCAAGGGAACCCAAGCAGCUUUCUGAAGUUCCUGUUGUGGAAGAUUACAACGAUGUAUUCCCCGAAGAUUUUUCAGGAUUACCACCGAGUAGAGAGAUUGAGUUCGAGAUUGAGCUGCUGCCCGAUACUGCACCGAUAUCUAGAGCACCGUAUCGAAUGGCCCUAGCAGAGUUACAGGAACUCCACAAGCAGUUGCAGGAGUUGCUAGAGAAGGGCUUCAUUCGGCCCAGUUACUCACCGUGGGGAGCUCCAGUAUUAUUUGUUAAGAAGAAGGAUGGCACAAUGAGGUUAUGCAUAGAUUACAGAGAGCUCAAUAAAGUGACUAUCAAGAAUAGGUAUCCCCUGCCUAGAAUUGAUGACCUGUUUGACCAGUUGAAGGGAGCGGUGAUUUUCUCUAAGAUCGACCUUCGUUCAGGGUAUCAUCAACUAAGAAUCAAAGAAGGAGACAUCCCAAAAACAGCUUUCAGGUCGCGGUAUGGACACUGUGAAUUUGUGGUUAUGCCUUUCGGCCUAACUAAUGCUCCAGCGGCGUUUAUGGAUCUGAUGAAUAGAGUGUUCAGGGAGUUUCUUGACAAGUUUGUCAUUGUUUUCAUUGAUGAUAUUUUGAUCUACUCAAGGUCUAAGCUAUAUGCUAAGUUUUCAAAGUGUGAGUUCUGGCUUGACCAUAUAGCAUUCCUUGGCCACGUAGUUUCAAAGCACGGAGUUUCGGUGGAUCCCUCAAAGGUGGCGGCUGUUCAGGAUUGGAGCAGGCCAAAGAAUGCGAAAGAAGUUCGAAGUUUCUUAGGCCUUGCGGGGUAUUAUAGGAAGUUUGUGGAAGGCUUCUCUGCUAUAGCUCUUCCAUUGACUACCUUGACCCGUAAGGGUAAGGAAUUUGAGUGGACUGGUCAUUGUGAGAAGAGUUUCCAAGAGCUGAAAAAUAGGUUGACAUCUGCACCCGUUUUAGCACUCCCAGAAGGCAAGGAAGGGUUUGUUAUCUACACAGACGUCUCGAAGAUGGGACUGGGAGCAGUUCUUAUGCAGAAUGAACGCGUUAUUGCGUAUGCAUCUCGGCAACUCAAGGAGUAUGAGGAAAAUUAUCCCACCCAUGACUUGGAGUUAGCAGCGGUAAUUCAUGCCUUGAAGAUUUGGAGACAUUACUUGUAUGGAGUCCAGUGCAAGAUCUUCACUGAUCAUAAAAGUUUAAAAUAUAUAUUCACGCAGAGGGACCUCAACAUGAGGCAAAGAAGGUGGCUUGAUCUAGCGAAAGACUACGAUUGUGAGAUCCUUUAUCACCCGGGAAAAGCCAACAAGGUAGCAGAUGCACUUAGCAGAAUGUCUUCUGCAACAAGGUAACUCCGCGGGAAAAGCACCGCGGAGUUACUAUUAGCCAGGCACGGUCGUGCCUGGAGAGAGGCACGAUCGUGCCUGCCCAAAAUGCGCGUUUUUGCUCCGGAGGCACGAUCGAAGGCACGAUCGUGCCUGGCAUCGUGCCUGGCUCCGAAAAUCCUAAUUCAGCUCAAAUUUCACCCGAUUUUUCUAUUUAAACAACCUGUAAACCCCCGUUUUCAAGGGGGAGCUUAGAGAGAAUGCCUAGCACGAAGUUUAGAGGGCUUUUCAGCCUUGUUCAUCAAUCUUUUGGUAUUCUUUGUAAGUUCCAUCUUUUUAAUUAAUGACAAUUAAUUCUAUUCUUCCCAAUUCUAUUGAUUCUUCAAUUAUGAAUUGUGAGUAGUUUUAAUUAGAGAUUUGGGAUUGAUGAAGGGGUUAAUCAUGAUGUAUGGCUAGAUUCUUUUCGGUUUAAUUGCAUGAAUGCCGAUUAAUUUGUGUUUGAAUAAUUUAAUUGAUAUCUUUUGUAACCUAGAAUCGCGACUAGAAUUACAAUUGCAUGUAGAAUAAAUUAAGAGAGAUCUAAUUUGUUCUAGGACACAUUCACACACACUUAAUCGUUCGCUAAGAGAUUAGUAGCAAUUAAGGGGCCGUAAGCUCGCUCGUUUGGCAAUAAUUUAGGAUCCUGUCGCAUGAGAGAUCAGCCUGGUCCCCUAAAUUAUUGUACUCUACGCCGCGAGAGCGGUAAGAACUUAGUAAUGAUUAGCUAGGCUCAAUUAAAUUAAUUUCAUGUAAUUAGGCCUGAUCUGCCAGAAAUCUGGUUACCCCAGAAUCGAUCCCUGUUCCCUUCGUCGUUAAUUAGAAAGAACCCCCUAGUUUAAUUGUUCGCAUUAGUUUUAUUUUCCAAACCAACCAAUCUCGCACGACGCUUUUAUUUUAUUUUCUUUUUAAUCGCUGAAUUUAAUUAAUUCUUGAUUCCCUUUUGUCCGUCCCUGUGGAGACGAUACUCGUACUUUUCACUACUUUUCUACAACCAUUUUAAGUGCGAGAAAACACACAUCACUAGACCUAGGUUUUUUUCGAGCCAUUGAUUCCCUAAAAGACCAAAAGCCUAGUAGUUCACUCCCUGAAUUGGUUGCAAAUGUGGAAGAAGCUUUUAACGAACUUUCAGCCACAACACUAGAAAAGGUCUUUCUAUCUUAUCAAACUGUUAUGAAAGAAGUGAUGCAGUGCGGGGGAGGAAAUAAUUACAAAUUGCAGCAUUUGGGAAAAGAAGCUUUACAAAGGCAAGGUCAACUACCUCAGAGAAUUGGUGUGACUAAGCAGAUAUAUGAGGAGGCGUUGCUUAAAAUAUCACAUUCUCUUAAUGUGUGACUGAAUGUGAAAUGAAAUUUCAUGUAUGUGUAAUGCUUUAUGUUAGACAGUUGUAAUGCGUUAAGACGGCUUUGGAUUGUUAUUAAUAAAUGAAUGAGGUCAAUUGUUCAUCUCUGGUGACUCCAUAAAUGUCUAUUAAUG